ACUCCAAACCACAUAGUCGCAGUGCUGUAUCCCUUCUUCUGUUAAAACCCUCGAAGAAAAGCAAGCAUCACCAUUCACCACCUCUAGUCGGCGGCGGCUCUGCCAACCACCACUCCUUAUGUGCUGCUGCUAUUCUCGGCCGGCGCCCCUCCUGCUCUGCCUCAGGGACCGGCCUGAGCUUGAGAAAAUCUAGACCCUCAAAUUGAGCAGGCUUUAGUAGCAAUAUCUUGCUUUCUAAUGAGCUCUAGAUCCAAAAACUUCCGUCGUCGAGCUGGUAAUGAUGAAGAAGAUAAUGAAACUAAUGGUAGUGGAGUUCCAUCUAAAACUACCACGAAACCAUCUUUGAAUAAAGCUACAUCAUCAGAAAAACCAAAGAAAACCCACCAAAAGCUUCUAAGUUUUGCUGAAGAUGAAGAAAAUGAAACACCAUUUUCUCGUCCGCAAAAAUCUUCUUCAUCCCGUCCCUCCAAGUCCAGUUCCUCUCAUCAAAUUACAUCUCUCAAGGACCGUCGUGGGUCUUCCUCUAGUUCACUUCCCUCUAACGUCCAACCUCAAGCUGGUCAAUAUACAAAAGAAGCUCUCCUUGAGCUCCAAAAGAACACUAAAACCCUUGUUAGCUCUAGGACAAGACUGCCAGCAUCAGACACAAAACCUAGUUCUUCCUUGGAGCCUGUCAUUGUUUUGAAAGGUCGUGUAAAACCUGUUCUGGAGACUGGGAAUGAUGGUGAUGAGCUCAAUGAAGACAACCCUGAAAAGGAUGAAGAGACUGCUACCCUGAAGAGAGAGAAGGAUAUGGAUCUCCUAGAUCAAGCAACAAUUAAUGCCAUUCGGGCUAAGAGAGAGAAACUUCGGCAAUCACGGGCUGCAGCACCAGAUUAUAUAUCGUUGGAUGCUGGAAGCAAUCAUGGAGAAGCAGAGGGGUUAAGUGACGAGGAACCAGAAUUUCAAACUCGAAUUGCUAUGCUUGGUGAGAAGGUAGAUGGUCCCAAAAAGGGUGUAUUUGAAGAUGUGGAUGAAAGAUCAGUGCGUGCUGGGCAGUUAACCAUGGAUGAUGAUGAAGACGAGGAAGAGAGAAAAUGGGAAGAGGAGCAGUUUAGGAAAGGUCUGGGCAAGAGAAUGGAUGAAGGACCUACUGCAGUCAGCAGAAAUGCAUCAUCAGCUCAAUCUGCUCAACCUCAAAGUUAUAUGUACACAACACCAGAGUCUUAUUCAUCUGUUGCCUGUAUUCCUCCUGCUGGGCCACCCAGCAUUGGAGGGGCAAUUGGUGGUGUACAGGGCGUUGGGACAAUGUCCAUUUCUCAGCAGGCUAAAAUUGCCAAACUAGCUUUUCAAGAUAACUUGAAGAGACUUAAGGAAACUCAUGUAAAAACGAUGACUUCAUUGGCUCGUGUUGAUGAAAGUUUAUCUGCAUCAUUGGUGAAUAUCACUGUACUUGAGAAGUCUUCAUCUGAUGCUGGAGAGAAGUAUAUUUUCAUGCAAAGGCUCCGUGACUUUGUUUCUGUUAUAUGUGACUUUUUGCAGCAUAAAGCUCCGUACAUAGAGGAACUCGAAGAACAUAUGCAGCAACUCCACAAGAAACGUGCUUUGACUAUCUUUGAAAGACGAGCUGCUGAUAAUGAUGAGGAAAUGGCAGAAGUACAAGCAGCUGUAGAGGCAGCUAUGUCAGUUUUAGGGAAAGGUGGUGGCAAUUCUGCUACUAUUGCUGCCGCCACUAGUGCAGCUCAGGCUGCAGCUGCUACCAUCAAGCAACAAAAAUGCUUUCCUGAGAAGCUUGAUGAAUAUGGUAGAGAUGAAAAUCGGCAAAAGCGUUUGGAUAUGUCUCGUAGGUCUGAUGCUCGACAGCGUAGGAGAUCUCGUUUAGAUAUAAAGAGAAUGUCGUAUGUUGGAAAUGACAACUCCUACCGAAUGGAGGGCGAAUCUAGUACUGAUGACAGUGACAAUGAGAGUGACGCUUAUAAGUCAAAUCGUGAUUUGUUGCUUCAGACAGCUGCAGAAGUCUUCAGUGACGCAUCUGAGGAAUAUUCCGAACUUUCUUCAGUUAAAGAAAGAUUUGAAAGGUGGAAGAGAUUGUACUUGGAGAGCUAUCGUGAUGCUUAUAUAUCAUUGAGCAUUCCAUCUUUAUUCUCUCCUUAUGUGAGAUUAGAGCUUCUAAAGUGGGACCCUUUACAUGAAGAGGUUGACUUUUUUGACAUGACAUGGCAUUCCCUGCUCUUUGAUUACGGUGUUCCAGAAGAUGGAAGUGACUUUAGUCCUGAUGAUGCAGAUGCUGAUCUUGUUCCUGGUUUAGUGGAGAAGGUGGCACUUCCCAUUUUGCGUCAUGACAUAGCGCACUGCUGGGAUUUUCUCAGUAGUAGAGAGUCAAAGAAUGCAGUUUCUGCAACGACCUUGAUCAUCAACUACGUUCCGGCUUCAAGUGAGCCCCUCAAGGAACUGAUCGCUGCAAUUCGUACUCGGCUAGCUGAUGCAGUUGCCAAUAUUGUGGUCCCUACGUGGAGUGCUGUUGCUAUGAAAGCUGUGCCAAAUGCUGCAAGAGUUGCAGCAUAUCGAUUUGGUGUGGCAGUUCGAUUGAUGAGGAACAUCUGCAUGUGGAAAGAUAUACUUGCUUUGCCAGUGUUGGAGAAGCUUGUUCUUGAUGAACUUUUGGGUGGGAAAAUACUUCCUCAUGUUCAAAACCUUAUUCCCAAUGUUCAUGAUGCGAUUACAAGAACUGAGAGAAUAAUUGCUUCACUAAACGGGGUCUGGUCUGGUACAAGUGUUACAGCUGCACGCAGUCACAAGUUGUUGCCGCUGGUGGAUUAUGUACUGAAGCUUGGAAAGACACUGGAGAAGAAGCAUGCAUCAGGACAGCCUGAGAGUGAAACUAGUGCCCUUGCCCGUCGUUUGAAGAAGAUGCUAGUUGACCUGAACGAGUAUGACAAGGCCAGAGCAGUCUUGAGAACUUUUCAUCUCAAGGAAGCUCUAUAAUUUUGUAAUUCUAUGCCUAGCUUUUUUUCUCCCUUCCAGAAUUUCAACAUUAUGUAUAUAAUUUUCUCCCUCGCUAUAUUUGAUAGGGUUAUCUAGUUUAUGGGGUUACAAUAGUACAAUUUGCCUAGACAAUAGAGCUUUAGUUCUACAUUGUUUAAAGUGUCUUAAUAGACGUUUGUAAUGUGUAAACAGCUGACUCAGUGAAGCUAUUUAGGUUCUGCAGAAGUGAGGGCACUUUUUACGUUAUUUCCCUUCAGAGAAAUGAAGCAUGAGAAGUUAUCAAUCA